UAUUAUAACAAUUAAGUUUGCAAUGUCCAUUUUUAACGCGCACGGGUUUCUAAGUUCAUUGUAUAAACGUUAUAUAAUUUCACUGCCAUCGAUAAACUUAUCUAGGACUCAAAAAAUUCUCAUUAUUUGCCUUACUGGAGGUUCGUUACUAUUAGGAGGAUUGGCACAGUUUUUAAAACGACGAAGAAGACAUCCUCUCCCAUCAUCGAGAAGGCCUCUCAGAGAAUUAAAACAAAGAUUUGCAGCUAAGAAUUCCAAUUUUGAUGCAUUAUCGCAAGCAUCAUGGGCAAGGAAAAGUGAAGCUAGCAGUAGGAGCCAUAUAAGUGAUCGAGCAUCACUUAUAUCCUCUGUUCCAGGAGGCCCAGAUGGUGAUGCAAGACUUACUCCACAACAGUAUGGAGUUCUUGGAUUGGAGGCUCUGGAAAAGGCUCUCUAUUGCUGGGAGGAUGCUCUUACAGCAUUCAGCUGUUCACUCAAUAAUGACACACUCGCAUUACCAUCCAAGGCGGAUGCAGCAUUUACGCACGACGUACAAGAGCUUCUUGACAUGGCUUAUCAAAUCCAAAGCCAUGCAGAGCUCCUGUUCAUCGAUCAGCAUUCGGUGUUGUUCCGUAACGAAGACGAGGAGAGUGUAGAUAGUCAUAGGCCUUCGAAUAUAGGUAGUCGGAUAUCCGGUAAAGAGAAAGCGGACGCUGCGUCUUCUCCGGAAUCUUUCGAAUCUGCGCGCGAUGGGGUGGCGGAUUUGCGAGAAUUCGAAGAAUUUUCCGAGUUCUUUCCACAUUUUGAAAAACAAAAACUUUAUCACACUGCUCUCAAACAACACGAAGAUCAAAGUAUCCCUUGCAGACGACUGCAUACAGAGUUGGUAAAAUGUGGUUCAGAUGUAGAAUAUUUAGCUAAAGUGUAUUGCCUACGGCAAGCGUAUACAAAGUUGUUCACUGUACCUUCUACGACAGAGUGGAUCGCGGACAUAGGGCGACAAGUGAUUAGCGAUUUGAUCAUGUAUGCAGACAGGGAUCCUAAAGAUUAUUUGAUGCAUUACGAACGAAUGCUGGAGUUUUUACAAGAUCCAACUAAUCAUAGCAUCAUGGAAGAAGAGCUAACUGGAAGAGGUGUGAAGUGUAUGAGCUUUUAUGACAUUCUGAUUGAUUUUAUUCUAUUAGAUGCGUUCGAAGAAGUAGAGAAACCGCCUUCGUCGAUCAAAGCUAUUCUGCAGAAUAGAUGGAUAUCCGCCAGUUUCCGUGAAACUGCAAUCGGAACUGCUGUAUGGUCAGUUCUUAUGGGUAAAAGACAGAUGUUGAAGUAUGACAAAGGAUUCCUGGCACAUUUCUACUCGAUUUCUGAGCAGAUCACACCCGUGCUUGUAUGGGGAUUUUUAGGUCCAGAGGGAAGUCUGCGCUCUACUUGCCAUUAUUUCAGAGAUCAAGUAAUCGAAUUUCUUGUAGAUAUAUUUAAUUUCUUUAAAGUAAGAUAUACCACCGUCGAUAAUCUCGCCGAAGAUGUACUCAGGGAAAUGAAAAUAAGAGUCGAGAAUAUUAACCAAAGGCUUUCUCUAGAAGGUUGCUAAUCAUAUGCGAACUAAUAGAUACUAUUUAAUAGCAUUAACGCAGGUAUAACUGGAUAAAUGUGGGGAUAGACGAUGGUUUGACGUACUGUCUGUCAUAUAGAUUUAGAUGAUUAAUGAUCUUUAUUCUCUUUCUGCUUAUUGCAAGUUGUCAGAUUUUGUCCAUACAUAGUAUAAUUGUUAUAUGAGUAUUAUACAGAGUAAUAUUAUGAGAACAAUUCAGAUUAUGGCACUAGAUAUAUUUUAAACGUUUGGAUUUCACUUGAAAACAGUUUUAUUUACAUUGUUUCGUAAAUGUCAUUGGAAAGUGAACGUAAGAAUAAGUUUUUACGCUAUUUUAUUUCUCAUAACUUGUAGAUAAUUUGUAGAUAUUGCUACCUAGAUAUUACAUUUUUUAAAGUAUAUUAAAAUUUACACUUUUAGUACAAAGGUUUACUUAUAUCAAAGUGUUUAAAUAUCAUUGUUUUGUAAUAAAAACAAAUUUUAAUAUAUCGCUAUUAUUUCCAUACUAUAAAGUUUGUGUUAGAUGUAUGUGUAAUGUGAUGAUCUGUGCUCAUUAGCAUUUAAAAAAGUUCCUCGUUGAGUGAUAAAAUACCAUCGUGCUAGUUCCAUGGCGCUAAUAAUAAUGCGUUCAUUAAUCACGUAUUAAAUACAUAGCCUACAUUAAAACAGAUUCUAAAAAAUUGAUUUCAUGAUCAUGUCUCACUUGCAUUAUCUCUUCGAUUACCAUAAAAUAUUUAAAAAUUGAAACUUUCUGCCAAAGAUAAGAGCAAUAUUACUCAUGGAAGCUUGUGUUCAGUCAAUAGCUGUAUUAAUUGUGUCAUGUGCAUCCUGUAUAUUACAAAUAUAGAUCGAAAACAUUCCAAAAAAAUAUAUGAGCCAUACUUUACGAAUUAAUCGUGAACUUUAGUGCAGCAAGUUUUACAUUGAAAAGUAAACAAAUUGAUUUGCCUCCUUCAAUGUUAAACUUUAUACUGUAAGCAUAAUAGAAAGCUUAGAACGCGAUAUUCUCCUUUAAUCAAAUUUGAGAUACACCAUUAUUGUCAAUCAGGAAGAUACAGGAUUCUUGUAUUGAAAUGAUGACGUAAUAGAUAUUGAUUUAUGUAAAUGUUCUUAAGCAUUUAAUAUU